GUUUCCCUUUUAGUGAAACAAGAAUAAGUCAAUUAACUUAAACUCACGCAAACCUGCUUUUUACCGUGAUGGAUUCGUUGUCUUUACGGUUCAAAAAUAAAAACAAUGCCCUACACAAAACCCCAAAAAAGGACGAAAAAUAAUAGCAGAGUAGAAGUAUAUAUUAAACAAAUGGACCGUCACUCAAGUGAAGCUGCCGGUGGGUCCCUUUUCACGGCUCUCUCACCACCGCCUCCAUCUCCUUCUUCCCCAAUUCUACCUUUUCCAUCCAUCCAUCCAUCCAUCUCCCCUGUUUCUGCAUUCCCUUCCCUCUCCCCUCGCUUUCACCAUUUUCGAUUUCCGAAUGCCAUGAAUUAUUACCAGAAACAUAGGCCUGCUCUGUGCACAUGAACUGGAUUUAGACAUCUCACAACAACUACACCAGCUCCCUUUCAUCUUCACUGAACUCUGCCCGAAUCUUCUCCUCCUCCUUUUUCAAGUUACAGAGCGGCGGCUUUUGCCAGCUUGCGCUCUCGCCGCCUCCGCAUUCCGUCAAUCAAAUGAGUAGAAGCAAUUUCCGAGAAUCUCUGGUCGGCGGUGGCGGUGGCGGAGGAGGCAGAACUCUCCUGGCCGCAUCUCAUCACCUCCACCGUCGCGGCCACAGUUUGAAUUCGCUAACCAAGGACUCCGAUGAGAACUUGGAUCUCUUCUCCAGGAACCGCCGCUCCUUCUCCCUCACCCCUUCCGAUGACCCCUCCGACGCUACUUCAGUCAAACUUGGGAGGCUUUCACUUGGAUCUGCCAAAGUCGCCCCCAAACCCGGGAUCGAUGAUCUACUCGCAUCCAUCGAAGGAGGCAAGAAUGAUUACGACUGGCUACUCACUCCUCCAGGAACUCCCCUUUUCCCGUCGGCGGAUGCAAAUGAGUCGUCACAACCCCCACCUCCAGUGGUAGCUCCUAGGAACAGUGCUGCUGGUCUCUCUAGAUCAACUUCUACAACAAAGGCUUCAAGGCUUUCAGUUUCACAAUCGGAGAGCUAUCAUUCCACUAGACCUGCUAGAAGUAGUUCAGUGACUCGUUCCUCUACUACGGCCUCGCAGUUCACUUCAUAUUCAUCCAAUAGAUCUCCAUCUUCAAUCCUAAACACAAGCUCAACUUCAGUCUCUUCUUACAUAAGACCAUCCUCCCCUCUCACUCGUUCACCAUCCAUAGGAAGGCCUUCGACGCCUUCAGGCCGCUCGUCUACAUCGAGGCCAUCAACUCCGUCCAGAGUUCGUACAUCGCCCAGUGUCUCUUUGCCGGAGCGAUCUCGACCAUCCCAACCCUCACGACCGUCGACCCCGACUUCUUCCAGGCCACAGAUCCCUGCAAAUUUGAACAAUGCUCCAGCUGCUCGCUCAAGUUCUCGUCCAUCAACACCAACGCGUCGGGCUCCUGUGUCUUCAAUAUCCCCUGUGUCAACUUCAGGUGGACGUCCUAUGUCAAGUGGGCGCACAUCAGCACCAUCAUCCCGCCCUAGCUCCCCGGGUCCACGAGUUCGAGCCCCUGCUCAGCAGCCUGUUGUUCCUCCUGAUUUUCCACUAGACACACCGCCGAAUCUUCGAACCACUCUGCCUGAGAGACCGCUUUCUGCUGGAAGGUCCAGACCAGGUGCUGCCAUCGGCGGAAGAGGAACCCAAGAUAGUGCAGCAAGCAAUGCCAAUGUGCCGCGAAGGAAUUCAUCCCCAAUUGUGACCAGAGGAAGAGUCUCGGAACCACCUGGAAGGGGUCGUAUCUCUUCCAAUGGCCAUGCUGGAGGAAUUGCCGAAAUGUUUCGUUUCUAA